CAAAAGUUGUGUUAAAUUCAACUCUAUAGAAUUGCAGUCUUUUUUGCAGUCACUUUUUCGACAAUAUACACAUACAAAAGAACAGAUCACAAUUUUAGAAAUAUUUCCAUAUUUCCAUCCAAGUAUUUAGAACAAUGAGAAGGCUAUAGCAAAUAUCACAUUGCAAUAUCAAAAUAAUAAACUAGUAAUGGUCAUGGACAGAUCAGCGUCGUCACCACCCACGGAGUCGCCAAAUCCUCUUCUUAUUCACACGGUUAUAAAAGAGGUUUCGUACUACCUGACCCCACCUGACUUGAAGGUGUGUCGUUUAGUCUGUUCUUUUUGGGACGAAGAGUUGUCCCGACUCUUGCGGAAAGUGUCACAUCUUCCCCUCCUCACAAAUCAGAGACUGCAAGACUUUCUUCAAGCUUCCAUAAUGAACCACACCUUUUGCUCAAACUAUCAAUUGGGUCAAGAUGUGACCAUGAAUCUCGAAGUAGGGAGCCUUGUCUGGAGAUUUUUCCAUAUCUACGGCCCUUUCAUAAAAUCACUCUACCUGGACAAUUGUAAAUUGUCACGGGAAGACUUGCUGUCCAUUUUGUACAACUCUUGUCCCAACUUGGAAGAACUUAUGUUGAUUGGCAGUGGAGUGGAGGAGGGCCUUUUUCUCCAACCUCCACCACUCCCUUCCCAAGAUGAGAUCGUUGUAGAAGAAGGGAACGAAAAAGAGUCCACCACCCCAUUGUCACCCUUCUCCAAUAGUAGUAGUAGUAGUAAUAGUAUCAACAACCUCGGUAACCUCAAAAACAUAAAGUGCCUUCGUGUCAACUUGAUUUGUACACGGAUGAUUCGAAAUACUAAACUGAUGGCGGAUCUGCUGAAAAUUUCUCCGAACGUCGAGACAAUUUCUUGGAUUGAAACUUUCUUGGAUGAAGUUCGAUACGAUCGAAAUUUUCAACUCGAUCUGGAACGAGCUUGGUGUGCUAAACCCCAUGAAAAUGGGAUAACAAUCAGAGAUACUAUUUGCGACACGGCAAUCCAUCAUAAAGAACUCAGCUUGAGUAAAUUGAGUAGAAUAGAGAGCAAUAUGAGGCUUAACAAUGAGUCCAUCCAAGUAUUGGAGAGCCGACAAUUUCCUCUAAACUUUUUAGAUAUCAGUUUAACCAUCGAUGUGGAACCUGUGGUACUAUCUUCACUCCUCACGACGUUAUCCGGGUCAUUGUCUACCCUCCGGCUAGAAUUUUACCCAACCCACGGAACAACAAAUUUUUUCUCUUUCAAUUUCCCAAAAAUGUUCAAAAUGGAGCAUUUAUUUGUGCAAAAAUUUUCAUCCAAUUUUUCAUUUUAUAAAAAUUUCAAUGCAACUAAAUUUCCGCUCUUGAAAACUCUGACCUUUUGUGAGACUGAUUUCAAGUCGAUGGUGGAAAAUGAUGACGAGAUUUUGCAAGGCUGUAGCGAUAAUAACAUUAAACAUUUUGGUUUUCCGAUUAGACUGAAAAACGAAAGUAUUCGAAUUUUGCAAGUUACUUGUGAUCUGAGUAGGAAUUCACUAUCGAGUGAGGGGAUUUCUGGGUUGGCAAAUUUUUUUCCAAACUUAAAGGAAGCAAGAAUGGAAAAUUUUGACAGGAUGGAUAAAUCCAUUUGGGAGGCUAAUUUCUUAAAGUUAAAAUUCUUUGGUUCACCAUCAGACAAAGGAUUAGGGGGACUGCCUUCGCCAAAGGGAGAAAAUGAAUGCUCCAAAUGUUGCAAACAUUUCAUGAGAGGUUCAUACCAGCAUCAGCAGCGUUGAUUACAACAACAAUUCACAUAUUUAUAUAUCGACCACACUAACAGCCACUUUAUAAGAAGCUGAUACUACUAUAUAUAAGAUGAUAAUGAGGGAUCAUUCUUCCCAAAAACAUGAAAAAGUUCCGUUCAAAUUGACGCAAUACGUAAACUAUCAGUCAUAAUAAUUAUGUAUAUGCAAAAAUCUGUUAAUUAAUCCAUAAAUAAUUGUCGAUACCAAACUCAUUUUAAUUGGGGUAGUUUUAUUCUAUUUAAACUUAAAUACAUCAUAACAUUUAUGAGGUUGUUUUAUAUUAUUAACCUAGCUUCAAGAGCGGAUAACUAUACUUAUGCAUACAUAAUGUACAUAUGUAUUACACCAAACUGAUAUUGUGCUAAAGUGAAAUACAUGCAAUAAACAUCAUGCUUAAGUUUA